AUGGAUCAGCAGGAGGUUACGCUUCUUGUGCUUAUCGACCUAAGUGCCGCAUUUGAUACUAUCGACCAUGCUAUCUUACUGGAGACACUUGAAAAAGACUUUGGCGUAACUGGAAAUGCCCUCAAAUGGCUAACAUCUUAUUUAUCCGAGAGAAAACAAACAAUUUUAAUUAAAGACCAUGAAUCGGAAGUUUUCAAUCUUCAAUCGGGAGUUCCGCAGGGUAGCUGCCUUGGCCCUGUCCUCUUCAUACUCUAUGUGGCUGGGUUAUUUAAGGUUAUUGACAAACAUCUUCCCAAUGCACAUACGUAUGCAGAUGACACCCAGAUUUAUCAUUCGUUUCGGCCGGAUACAUCUUUAUCACAAGAUGCUGCACUAAAGA